GCUGAGAGGUUUUACAGGAGGUGCAGAGACACAUCUGAGAAGAGAGAGAGAUAUUUUAGAUAAAGCUGAUUAGGUCAAGACUUAAUCUCAGUGUGGGAACUAUUUCUCCAAUAUGGGACUUUUGACAAUCAGGUAUGCCUUUCUGACUUUCUUUGCUUUUCUUUUUCUUCUUCUCUUACGUCAUAUAGAUCUGGAACAAGCAUAACAUAAAAAAAUGAGCAAGAUGACGCUUUGGUGAUGACGCGCACUCUGACUCAUCGAUGACGUCAGUGCUGCACAGGUAUAACUGUGUUGGUGUGUUCGUGUGACGUCACGCUGAUAUAAUCGGUCACUUUUGGAACAGAUGUGUAUCUUUUGAUCGGCGUCUCCUUUGUUCUCUCGGGUGUUGCGUAAGACAUUCUUCAGCACAAUGAAGCGAUGCAACCCUUCCAGGCAGUCGGUGUUGAUUGUGUUAUGAAACCGACUGACAAGGUCAGGCUGAUGUGCUUCCUCUUCAGAAGGUUGCAAUUCAAUGUAAGGACCCGUGAGGCCAAAAGGGGUCAAACGACUUCAGGGACAGAGGGAGGAGAUCUUCAUUCAAUCAGCCCUGUAAUAUGUGCAUGAUUGAAUCUGCCAGUCUGUGUUUCCUUUUCCCAUUUAAAUGUGUGGAUCUCGCAUCAAUAACGUGAGUACACCUGAACGUUGUCGAGCUAGAGAGGAGAUGUGCUGCGUGUUGUUGUUGCUGUUGUUUUUCUUUUAAAGACUGGCCUUGAUGCUCAGACUCAGACAGGAGUCACGUGCGUCACUCUUUUUUUUACGAGUAAAGGCAUCAUGCUACUGUAACCCAAGCUAUUUCAUCUCUAAAAUGUCAUUAAAUAUCAAAAUGAUGCAGCUCAUGAUUCAUGAAUGAAACAUGCCGAUCUGCAAAUGUUCAAAGAAACGUCUGAUAAUCUAUUUUGUGUGUGUGUGUGUGUGUGUGUGCGUGUGCUCCAUUGGCCUUCUGUGCAUCUCCACUGGAUGCCGCUCUAUAUGGUUGACGUGUCACCAUGACAACAGAAGCGGGCUCUGAGACGGAGGUGAAGGAGAAAGCCGAGGAGUCAGCCGCUCAGCCCGACCAAUCGGAGAAGGCCCCGGGAGAGACCCAGGAAGUAGCCAACGCCGAGGGAGAGGAGAAGGAGAAAGAGGAGGGAAAAGGAAUAACUCGAUACCUGCCCACAUGGCUUAAGAAGCAGAAGUCUCAGAGCCAGACGUCACCGACCAAGGAGGCGCCCCCUACGGAGGAAGCCCAGAAAGACUCUGCCCCCGCAGUGAACGGUCACGCGGAGGAAGUGGACGAGAAGGAAGCAGACACUGAGCCGGCCAAGGAGGAGAAAGUGGACGAGAGCGCUGAGAAAAGUCCAGAGGAGACCCGGCUGACCGCAGAGGGAGCAGAGGAGCAGAAGAAGAAGGAGCAGCAGCAGCAAGGGGAGGUGGGAGGUGAAGAGGAGGGAGGAGGAGAAAAAGAAGGAGAAGGCGAAAGCGAAAGCAAGACCUCUAUUUUCCAGUCUCCUCUUCGCCUUGUGAGGAAGACCAAGAUGAAGCUGACGGCGUGUCACGUGGCCCUCCUGGAGGGGACCGACUUCUCCUGCGAGGUGGAGAAACGCGCCAAGGGCCAGUUCCUGUUCUUCAAGGUGUGUGAGCACCUCAACCUAAUGGAGAAGGACUACUUUGGACUCUCGUACACGGACAGCUAUGAACAGACGUGUUGGUUGGAUCCCACUAAGGAAAUCAAGAGACAGAUACGCAAUAACAACUGGCAGUUUGCAUUCAACGUCAAGUUCUACCCUCCUGACCCCUCACUGCUCACUGAAGACAUUACAAGGUACCUGUUGUGUCUGCAGCUCCGUGAAGAUGUGGCUUCUGGACGACUGCCGUGCUCCUUUGUCACUCACGCCCUGCUGGGCGCGUACACAUUGCAGGCGGAAUUUGGUGACCAUGAACCCGACCAGCCUCGGCCUCUGGACAACGUCGGUCAGCUGACCUUUGCGCCCAAUCAGAACAAAGAGAUGGAGGAAAAGAUUCUUGAGCUCCACAAGUCUCACAGGGGAAUGACACCGGCACAGGCCGACGUCCAGUUUCUAGAAAAUGCCAAGAAGCUGUCCAUGUACGGGGUGGACUUGCACCAUGCCAAGGACUCUGAUGGCGUGGACAUCAUGCUGGGCGUGUGCGCCAACGGGCUCCUGGUUUACAAAGACCGGCUCCGGAUCAACCGCUUCGCUUGGCCCAAGAUCCUCAAGAUUUCGUACAAGAGGAACAACUUCUACAUUAAGAUCAGACCAGGAGAGACGGAGCAGUUUGAGAGCACGGUGGGAUUCAAACUCCAGAACCAUCGAUCCGCCAAGAGGCUGUGGAAAACCUCCGUGGAGAAUCACAGUUUCUUUCGGUUGACGGUACCGGAACAACCCGCCAAGGCCCGCUUCUUGACUCUGGGCUCCAAGUUCCGCUACAGCGGGCGAACCCAGGCCCAGACCCGCACGGCCAGCUCCCUCAUCGACCGCCCCGCGCCCAACUUCCAACGCACCUCGUCCAAACGUAUCAGCCGCAGUCUGGAUGGAGCACCAAGGAUCAGCAUCACUGAAGCUACGUCUGAGAACGGACGGGAGUCGCACCUGGAUCUCCACUCUGACUCUAAGGUUAAGGAGGUGGACUUGAGCCCUGCGGAAGCCACGCCCACCCAGAGUCCAAUGAGAGUGCAUGGGGACAAUAUUUAUGUGAGGCACAGUAAUUUAAUGUUGGAGGACCACGAUAAGACCCAGGAAGACGUUCUGAAACACCAAGCUAGCAUUAGCCAGCUAAAGCGCUCCUUUAUGGAGGCUCCGCCUCCCUCUCCUCCGCAGCGCAACCAGUGGGAGAACCGCAUCACCUCCUCUCCCGCCACAACGAUACGUAUCCAACAGCAAGCGGAGAGUGUGCCCCAAGCGGAGGCAGCAGCAGCAGCAGCUGGUAACGACGCGACCUCCGAUACCAAAGAACCUGCGAAGACAACAGAAGUUGAAAUCGAAGAAACCGUUGUCGUCCAAGAGGUUUCCAUAGCGCCCAAACCUGGACUUGUCACGGUUACGGCCGCCCCCCCCGCGGAGCCGCCUGCCGAGCAGGAAACACGAGAGCAGGAAGUGACUGUCCAAAAGGAAGUAGUGGUAGAGGAGGAAGUGAAAGCGGCAAAGCGGGAGAGCGUUUCAUCUGAGAGCGAGAGUGAGGAAGAAGCGGAGUACCAUCCCAAUGUUUCCAUCUGCCACACUCAAAUACCAGAGGAGGAGGAGGAGGAGCAGCAGAAGGAGGAAGAGGUCAAGAUGACGGAGCAGGACGCGACGGCUCCGGACGCUCCUUCCCUUCCAGCUGAAGUCAGCCAACCCGUAGAAGCGACCAGUCGAGAGGAAGAGGAGUCCAGGAACGAGGUCGCAAAGGAGGAGGAGGAGGAGGAGCAGGAGGCUGAGAAGAAUGCAAAGGGGGAGGGAGAAGCUGAGCGGGAGGCGAAGGAGAGCGCCGAUGGUCCGUCGAUGGCGCCCGCCGAAGCCCCGAACGGUCACGCCGAGCCGGAGGAGAGCGAGACUGAGACGGGCGCCCCCAAGGAGGAGGAGGAGGAGGAGGAGGAGGAGGAGGAGCCCAAAGUGAAUGGAGAAGCCUCUCUGUUUGAAGUGGAGCACCGGCCACAGGUUAUUUGUUGCUCUGAGCCACCUGUGGUAAAGACAGAAAUGGUGACUAUAUCAGACACGUUUGCCGCCCAGAAAACCGCGAUAGCGACAAAAGAAGUGCCCAUCGUACACACGGAAACCAAGACCAUCACAUACGAAGCCGCACAGCUGGAUGGGAGCGGCGAUGGCGAGCCGGGAGUGUUGAUGACUGCUCAGACAAUCACCUCUGAAUCUCUGUGCACUACCACAACUACACACAUUACCAAGACGUUAAAGGGCGGCCUAUCAGAGACGAGGAUCGAGAAACGCAUCGUCAUCACUGGCGACUGUGACAUCGACCACGACCAGGCUCUGGCCCAGGCCAUUAAGGAGGCCAAAGAGCAACACCCUGACAUGUCUGUCACCAGAGUGGUGGUUCAUAAAGAAACUGAGCUGGCCGAGGAGGAGGAUUGACUGAACUCAGAGUUGAAGAGCCCAUCGUGACAUCGUUCUCCGUUGACGUUGAACGACCUCCAUCACUUCACGACAACCGACCUUGACUGAUCAAAGAGAAGGAGGCGAAGAAGGAGAAGACAAAUGGGAGAGAAGUUGCCAAUCUCUUCCCAGUGGGUUUUUCUUACAUGUCUGUGGUGCGUCUAAAAACCCUCUCCAAAAAACCAAGAAAGAAAAAAAGUAACGUCCCCUCUCUCUCCGGGGGAACCAAACAGAACCACUUCGUUAGCGUAAUAUUUUUAGCGUGUUUCUAUUUUUUAAUUGUGUUUUUGUUUUUUUUACAAAAUAAGCUCUAGUGCAGGUGACGGCAUAUGGCUCCAAGACAAUUUUGAGUUGAGAAAAAAAAGAUCUCCGCCCGCCACUCUGUAAUUUUCUCUAUCGCGCCAGAUUACAGCAGAAGUAAUGUCAGGUCCUUUUCUUAAAGACGUCUUUGUUCUUUUAUUAAACUAAACGUCUGUUAUUGAUCGUCUCUAACCAGCAGCAUGUCACUCUGUCUCUAGUGUCGCGUUAACACUUCUCGGCUCUCCGUCUCGCGCGCUGCAGAGCUCCGAUGCCGACGUGUGCGCGCGCAUCGGAGCAAAGAAAAAGUCACCUGCACCCCCUCCCCCCGUAGCAUCAUGCAGCACCAGAAGUCGCAUUACAAUUAUACGUUCAAAAUACGAUAUGGCUCUCAAUGAAAUAUAUUUGGAAAUAUUUGGCUUUUAUGGCUCUCCCAGUCCAAAAGGUUCCUGACCCCUGCUCUAGUGUGUCCGUCGUGUGUUUCUAACUUUUAAGCUGCGGGAACGCACCGGUGACCGAUCCCGAUGAGAUACAGGCUGAACGUGAUUAUUGUUAUGAACUUUUUCUUCAUCAAUUAACAAGAUGCAGUUGAUCUGAAAGCAUUUUAAUAAACAUUAUCAUCGUCAAAAUGUAAUGAAUUAGCAGCUGAAGGUUUUGUACUAAAGUGUUAUCGGUAUAUUCCUAAAAGGACAUUAUUACAUUAUUAUUAAAUUACAGCUCCCUCCCUCACUUUUAACUACGGUGUAAAUGGAGGAACAUAAUAUAAAAACGGUAAUUUCUAAAUUGUCGGGACGGCAGGAAACAAAGACACGACCUUGAUUUUAUUUAUUUUUAAAACUUUUUCAAAGCGUAACAAAUUCAAACUAAUUAAAGUACAUUCGCAGUCAGAUGAACAUUUUCACAUUUUAUUACGAACAGUUACAGGAAUCGUGGAUCUGUGACUACAAAUAUGGCAUAAAAAAAAAAUCAACCGUUUUUUUUAUUGUUAUGACUAUGAUUUCUGUAAGUUUAGUUAUGAUUCAUCCACAUUCGGUGUGUGUGGACUAGCGGCUCGGUGGGUUCAUUUUCGGUUCUGUUCACUUUUUACUCCACGAAGAGAAAACAUUUGACCGUUUACAGGCUGAACGCGCUCCAGAGGCCAAAUGUUGCAGGUGGAAUUAAUUCCUCGUGAUAUAUUUGUACGUUUUACUGAGUUUUUAGAUUUAAACAUCACUAAACGGUCUGAAAAUGAACCGAUUUGAGUACACAGCCGUCGGGUGGGAGCAGUCGCGGAUCGCUCUCCCUGGGCCCGCCCACUUUACCACACUAGCCACUCCCAUUGGGCCACAGGGAGGCACGGGAGCAGUAAACUUGGCUCCUGAUUGGGAGAGAGGACGAGUGACCUGAAGCAUUACUGGGAGAUGGAGGCGGAGCCAACUUGGGAGUGAAGACCAUUUUAAUGCAUGUCGCAUGUCACUCGUUAGCUUUGCAUCCUGAGUUUUAGUUCAAGCCGUUUUGAUAUUCUCGGGUCGAUGUUUAUGACACCAUUAAAGCACGGGCGCCAACACGAGGGCAGAGCGGCCGGACAACACCGUGUCCGUCACUCAGCAGGGCGAGGUUUCUUUCCGGUUUGUCGUCACACUUCAGCGCAAUAACUUUACUCCCAGUUUCUUUACACACCACAAACACCUCCUGGUCACCACGACAACCGGGAUUAACCGUUCAGCACGUCUUCACGCGUCUCAUAUCCUGAGCGAGUCUAGCUAGAUCCGGCGCGUCCACACGAGAUCUAAUGGAAUCUAUGUUUUCAUUCAUUUUUCCGUGUCCUUUUUACCCAAAUGUUCCACGUCGAGAUGCGACUCUGUGUAAAUAUCGGCGGCAUUAAGUGAGUUACGACGAGGCGCUUGGCCUAACGUAUUAAAAUCGACCAAAAAACUAAAUAAAAAACCUGCAUUUGUCUGAAAUCGGACCUGCGUGUGCCGCAGAGUGAACACAUUCCACCUACAGCCGCCUCCAGGACUCUGAGGCAUUUUGAAUUGGGAGUAAUUUAUCGAGGAAAUACUAACGCGCAGUCCUCCACAUGUUGAAACGGCUCGCACCAGUUCAAGGCUUUCCUUCUGGACGGUGGUCGUCAUGGCCGCCCUGACCCGACCUCUACUAUGCAUUGAAAUCACAUUCCAGAAGAGGGGGAGCUGUGGCCUCCUGCAAAGAGAGACGAGGCAGCAGUACAGAGGCACAUUUUAAACACGGCGUGCAGCGGGAGGCAUCUUUGGAAGCUUCUGCCGUUCCAAGAAAACAAAACAACACUUUUAAAAAUAGCAUCGGUUACAUCACAUAUGGUUAUAUUAGUAGAUUUUCUGAUAACUUGUUGUCUUUUCUCUGUGAUCUUGUCGCGGAAAGUUGGGAUUACCUGUGCGCCCGCUCGGUUAUUUCAUUUCAUUUUCGACAUAAUGUAUAAACACUACUUGUAUCACCAUUUCAUUUGUUUGGUACCAUCAGCUGCGUGUUCGACCUCUUGUCGAGGGGUCCGUUUCAACCAAUCACAGGAGCUCUGAGAGCGGGGGGGGAGGGGGGGUCGGUUUUCCAAAAUGUUGACUUUUAGUCAAGUAGGAAGAAAAAAGAAAGAAGGAAAACAAACUUCCCGUCAUUUUAAUUCCGAUAAGAGAGACGACACAGAGCGGUUAACCGUGGCAACUCGACAACAUCGCCCGAGGCAACCGAUGAUGAAACCGUCAGGGGUCUCGUCAUUAUGGGUAAAAAAAACACAAUAAAAAUAAAAAAUACAUUUAUUGCCAUUACCUUCGAUUCAAUUAAUAAUAUAUCCGUCUUGUUUGAGAUCUUCUUCUUCGGUUACACCUCAGGCUCCGGACCGCAGAUGAAGUUAAUACCAGCAACAUUUUGUAUUUCAGAGACUUCAAACUUAAAAAAUUAACUUUAUACAAGAAACACCUUUUUGGAAAACCACCCACAGCCGCCUCAGCGUUUCCUCUCUAGCCAGCCAAUGACCACUGGUGGGGCGUGUCUAUAGCAGCUUACAUGUCUUGUGUCCCCCCCCCCCCCCACAGCCACUCCUCCCCUGUGUAACACUGUUUAAAUAAAGGAUUGUUAUACUCUGAAA